UUUAAACGCAUCGAGCACACGCGCCAAAUCUAUCGGCCUAUCGGGCUUUUGGUGCAAGAAGAAAGUGCCAUCGCUGUUUUUGGACGUAAACAAGUGCGUGCACGGGAAAACAGGGCAAAAUAUAAGCGGAGCGGCACUUAAAGAAAGGAAAACAGAGAUUAUAGAGCGAGCUCCACCAGCAUGGACGUGGAGGAGGACCCUGUGGCCAGCGGAGCGGCUUCCGCCUGCAAGCGCCAGAGACGCAACACUGAUUCCAGGAACGAGGGCCAACUUGAAGACGCGGCGCAGAUUGGCGGGGAGAGCACUGUCACAGCAAACCAGACGGUAAUCAAAGGCGUCACAAUCACAACCAACAACAACAACGAGGAGGGCGACAUGUUUGGCAAGGAGCAUUCAAUGGAGGAAAAAAAGCAGCUGGAGAGGGAGUCGGAGAAGGAGAAACUGGAGAAGGAGCAAAAGGAGGAGCCGCUGGGGAGGGAGCAUGCGGAUAAGUCAAAGGAGGAGGAGCUGAAAGAGGGAAAUGACGAGAAGGAACAGUCAGAGCAUCAGCAGUCGGACGAAGAACCGGCGUGCUCCUCCAACCUAGAGUGUCAAUUAUCUUCUCUCGCCGCCAGUGCCGUGCUGGCAGCCAACAAGCCAAAUCUCACCAGUGGCACCAUAGCCAUCGACAGCGAUGACGACCCACCACCAGCUGAAGAUGAAACCCCCGCCAGGGGUUUUCCCAGGUUCCACUCUCGCAGCAUCCCAACCAACCGCUCAUAUCGCCGCAUCAACAUAGAGCUGUUGGGCACGGUAACGGACUCGGAAUCCAGCGAUUCCGGUGAACCAGAGUUGCAGGAGGAUACCGAGGACGCGGAAGUGGAAGCGGACAGUGAUGAGCCGGCGGCUGCUGCUGAGGAGGAUCAGCAUGAAGAUGAGUCCUCUUCGGACAGUUCCGUCGACGAAAUGGUACGCUACUCACUUUCUAGUGAAAGUGAAUCAACCAUUGAGAACCGGCAGGACGAUGUGGAGUUCAACGAGCACGUUAACGCCGACGACCGCGCGAAGGUCGAGUUCGCCGUGAAUGAAACGAUGUGCAAGUGCAAGCCCGUGUACACGUGGAACUGCGACCAGGAACUGUUGCACAGGGAGCACAACAUUAUGAACCGCAUCGGUUGGCGUGGUGGCCACACCUCGACCCAAAGCUUUGGGCAAGGAUACUACGGCUCCCGCCAAAUGGUGGAACAGUUGACGCUGCUGAGCUCGCUAAACAAGCACGACGGAUGCGUAAACUGCCUGAAUUUCAACCGGACCGGUGACUUGAUCUGCUCCGGCUCCGAUGAUCUCAAAAUAAUGGUUUGGGACUGGGCGAACGAAAGACUCCUGCACAGCUUUCACUCCGGCCACAACAUGAACAUCUUCCAGACCAAGUUUAUCGACAGCACCGGGUGCCUGGACAUUGUGUCCGCCAGCCGUGAUGGCCAAGUGCGCAGAUCCGUUAUCCCGCCCUCCGGAGGCUCCAUUAAACCCACACGCCUGUACACGCACAGCGAUUCGGUGCACAAGAUUGUUCUGGUGCCGCACAGUCGGCACGAGGUGAUGAGCGCCGGAGAGGAUGCGGCUGUCAAACACUUUGAUUUGCGCGCCAGCAACGCCGCUACCACGGUGCUGCGCUGCGUCUACAAUGACGCAAAUGAGCGGGGCCGCGUGCGGCUUUUCAGCAUCGCACAUCAUCCAUACGCCCCAGAGUUUUGCGUCAGCGGAUCCGACGACAAGCUGCGGGUCUACGACAAGCGCAAGCCAACAAAGCUUCUCUUGGAGAUGACCCCGACCAAUAUAAAGGAUAACAAGAUCACGCAAAUUACCUGCGCCGUGUAUAACCACAGCGGCAGCGAGAUCCUGGCCUCGUACAGCGAUGCGGGGAUCUACCUUUUCGACAGUCGCAACACCAAGGAUGGCGAGUACUUGCAUUGCUACGAGGGACACAUCAAUAGCCGCACCAUUAAGGGAGUGAACUUCUUUGGCACUAGAUCCGAGUAUAUUGUCAGCGGUAGCGAUUGCGGGAACAUAUUCUUCUGGGACCGAAACACCGAGGCGAUAAUCAAUUUUAUGAAGGGCGAUCACGCUGGCGUGGUCAACUGCCUGGAGCCACAUCCCUGGAUGCCGGUGCUGGCCACCUCUGGCCUGGAGCAUGACGUAAAGAUCUGGACGCCAAAUGGCCCUGCCAAGAAGCUCGACGAGGACGCACUGAAGCAGACGUUAGAACGCAAUUUCAGGCGCAACAUCGUGGACAGGGGUGACUUUGACAUUAACCAGUUCCAAUACUUCAUCCGAGGGUUUCUGCAGGGUUCCGGGCAAGGCUCCGGCUUUCGCCGCCCUCGAAACCGGAGACCCCAGUCCUGGCUACGCCAAGGGCGGCAGCAUCGGGACAACAGCUCGAGUACUAGCAACGACUCCAGUCCUUCCAAUCCGACCUCCCAGCCGCGCAGCAACAGCAACAGCUCCGACGACGACAAUGGCGAGGGAGCAGCCGCCGCCGCUGCGCUGGACACGCUGCACUGCCGCACGCAGUAAGUCUGCGGCCGUGGAUGAGCUUCGAAAGCCGUCCUUGGUCAUCUUAUGAUUUUCGAUAUUAUAAAUAUGUUAGAAAGCGUUUCCGAAGCUGUGAAUUUGUAACCAUAACACAUAAGUGCGCAUAUUUUAUUUGUAAACAAGGUUUAAUAAAUGCUCAUUGAGAA